UUUUGACAAAAAUUCUUAAGUACUCUGGUUAACUUAUUUCCUCCUCCUUUUUAUAUCAUUUUCAGAUUUUUCUUCUCUGUAUUAUCAGAAUCCUUCAAAAAUCUUCUCUGAAGUAUUUUUCAAGAAUAAAUUUCCUUUGAAAAUAAGUUUACUAUUGUAAAUAAAUAAUCUAAAUGUUUUUGCUAUUAUGGAACAAAUUAUUAUCUGAGGCUGGAACCCUAUUAUAUUUGAACGUGUAAUGAGCCCUCAGAUUGCCAAAAGUUGAUUGUAUAUUAUCGACUAAGAGUUUGCCAGAAAUACUUUAAUUUUGUCAUUUCGAUUUUGGGUAUCUGGGAUGGCUGAAUUUGAACAGAGAUUUAGGCAGACAUGGAGCAGGGAAACUUCAGCCCUCUUUUUCACAUGAUCUUUUAGAAUGAUAAGCAUGCUCCUUUACUAUUUCAAAGUCAGCUUUAUUAGCCUUGCCUUUAUUGCUCUUCAGAGAAUUUAAAAAUUGCUUGGUUAUCUUCGGAAUUUGUGGCUAACACUCAUCUUCAGAUAAAAGCUGGUCUUCAUCAGCCCAGAUGUCUUGGUUA